AUGUUCUACAGAUAUUCUCUUCUACUAUUGACGAUUCUAUUACCAUCGGUCACAUCAGCAUCGAUAUUUUGCGAGGAGAUCUGGAGCGAUUGGACCGAUGCGGGCGAUGUUCAACCUGGAGGUCCAGACCACAAGCUCAUCUGUGGAAUGGGACCAUCUACCCAAUUGAUUCAUGUCGGAGACGCUCUUUGUUUUUUCCCAGAUACCCCGUGUUGUGCUCCUUAUGUGAUACAGAUGAACGCCACUCAAGGGGUUUACACCUGCCAACUCGCUGAUUCGCCUACUCCGACUCCAGCAAACCGCUCAGGUUCUACUACUCCAUUCCCUAUUGGAAAGACCUCGAUGUUUCCAAACACUGCCCCUCCCAGCACUAGUCCGACCAUCACUACAGCUUACAAUGGAGGCACUUCGGCUCCAUGCAUCGACAACGAUCCGCGAAAGUUUGUUCGUUGUUUGAUUACAGGGUUUGGCGAAAGUAUGGCUGCAAAGUUGCAAUUGUCC